CACAGUUCACCUUCCGAGAUCAGACACGUCCAUCAUUGGACCCCUCGCCCCCACAGCCUGAGGAUUUGAAUUCACCGAGUGUUCUACCCUGUCUCGCCUUUCAGGGAUCAAGAUGUUGUCUGUCCGCAUAGCGCCUCUCCUCCCGCUCUUUCUCUGGGCUGUCUCUUCGGUGUCAGCCGACACCUGCUCGGAAGUGCGGGACAACACCGACAUUGAGGUGUCUUCUCCCCUUCAGCUCGCCUACAUUGACGAGCAGACCGACUACUGGUCCGCGUCCUGCAGUGCCCUGAAGCCCUCUUGCAUAAUCUUUCCCAGGUCUGCCGCCGAGGUUGCAGCAGUCCUCCGCGUCCUCAACACCAACAAUGAGAAGUUCGCAGUCAAGUCUGGCGGCCACAGCCCCAACAACUACUACGCCAGCAUUGACGGCGGGCCGCUCAUCUCGACCCAGAGGAUGGAUCACGUCUUACUUGAUCCGACCACUGGGGUGAUCGAUGUCGGCCCGGGCAACCGCCUCGACGAGGUAGCCAAGAAACUCCACGGCACCGGCUGGACCUUUGUCGGCGGGCGCAUCGGCAACACGGGCGUCGGCGGGCUCAUGCUCGGCGGCGGGCUCUCGUACAUGUCAGCGCAGUACGGCUGGUCAGCCUCCUCCGCCAUCUCGUACGAAGUCGUCCUCGCCAACGGCACCAUCGUCACAGCCUCCGACACCUCCCACCCCGACCUCUUCGUCGCCCUCAAAGGCGGCGGCAACAACUUCGGCGUCGUGACCAGCUAUAAACUGCAAGCGCACCCGCAGGGCCAAAUCUACGGCGGCAACCUAAUCUUCCUCCGCACGCCGGACCUCGACGCCAAGAUCCUCCGCGCCGUCCGCGACUUCACCGAGUACAACACCGACGACAAGGCCGCCAUCAUCGUCACAGCCGAGCGCACCACCGUUAACCUGGUCGACAGCUGGAUCCUGUUCCUCUUCUACGACGGGCCCGAGUCCGCCGUGCCCCCGGGAACCUUCGCCAACUUCACCUCGCUCCAGCCCCUCCUGGCCAACACCGUCCGCACCCGCACCUACGCCGACAUGAUGGCCGAGAGCAACUGGGUUGUGCUGAAGGGGCUGCAGGUGCAGAUCGGCACGGAGUCGGUGCCGCUGCCGGCUGCGGUGGAUGCAGAUGAGGUGCUGGUCGAGGGGAUUCACGCGCACUGGCGGAACGUUACCGACAGCGCGCUGCUGGUGCCGGGCAUGGUGGCGUCGGUUGCGUACAUGCCUUUUCCGAAGAGGAUUGCGCAGGCCGCGAGGGAGAGGGGGCAGGAUCUGCUGGAUGUUGAUCCCGAUGCGGACAGGUUGAUUGUGGAGUUGGAUUACAUCUUUUUGUCGCCGACAGAUUAUAGUAAGAUGGAAGGGAAGAUGGUUGAGUCGUAUAGCGGGAUCAGGGAGAGAGUGGUUGAGUGGCAGGCCGAGGGGAAGCUGAGGAAUGUGUACUUGCCGCUGUUUAUGAACUAUGGCUUCUAUCGACAGGAUUAUUGGGGCAGGCUCAAGGCGGCGAGCCGGCAGUUGGCGAGGGAGGUCGCUGAGAGGGUUGAUCCGGCUGGCCUGUUUCGGACGAGGACCGGAGGGUGGAAGCCCUAGGUUUCGGGUCUCCUCUGGCUGUCUGCACUACCUACCUGAAUCACGCGGUAUUGAGGUUUGAACACACUAAGGCACUUACCUUCUGUUAUCAU